AUGCCAGCCAACCAGUCAGCACGACACCAAAAACGAUCCCGGCUCAGUGAUGCGGCCUCCGAGAAGCCUGCUCGGCCCAACGAAGAGCGUUCCAAAAGACGCAGAGUCUCUGGGGGCAAUGGAAGCCCGAACUUUAAUACGGAAGAGCCAAUUGACGGGGCGGAGGACGCUUCCAAUAGCAAUGCCCAGACACAAGACGUGGACAUGCAAAAAAGGCCCGCGCCGUGGUCAUUCUCUCGUCCUGUUGGCGGGAGAUACAACAACUUGGAUCCAAUCUUGACUGACGAUGAGGCAUAUCUCCUAGUCUGUCUCGACACUGCCAUUCAAGUGUUCGCAACCGCUACCUCGCGCCUGUCGCGCACUUUGCAAAUGGAAGCUGGCCAAAGGAUCAUUGGGUUUAGCAUCUGCCCAGAAGACCAAGAAAACUUAUUUGUUUUCACAUCUUCAGGUUCUAUCAGCAAGUGGAACUGGAGCUCCGGGAAACGCAUUUCUCGCUGGGAAACCACCUCGACAACCGUUUCAACGAGCUUGGCUUCCAUUGAAAAGGAAGGAAACAAAACUACUAUCUCCUUUUCUAUCACAUCGCAAAAGGAUGGAAAAAGGCAGAUUUCUAUCAGUACGCUGGGAGACAAGAAGAUCCAAGGCACCAACGUCCUCGAAACUAGCCAGAGGCUCAAUACCAUCAAGGUCAUUCAUGACGGCCGUGUUAUCGUUGCCAGUGAUGGACAGCGCCUGUUCAUGGGUACCACAACCAGCGCAGAGCUCAGAAAUCUUGAGACUGUUCAGUACAGCUGGCGCGAGGCCACCCUUCCCGUCAAUGCUACUUGCUUUGAUAUCCGAGGCUCAGACUCGAUCGACCUGGCAGUAGGAGAGAGUGGUGGUUCCAUUCUGAUCUACCAGAAUGUUUUGAACACCCUCUUUGGCAAAGAAACUAGCGAUAAGAAGUCUUCCCCCAGGAAGUUGCACUGGCACCGAGGAUCUGUCAACACUGUACGUUGGUCCAAAGAUGGUAAUUAUAUUAUCUCGGGUGGCCAAGAAUCAGUCAUGGUCCUUUGGCAAUUAGACACAGGCCGGAAGCAAUUCCUCCCUCAUCUUUCUUCACCUAUCUGCAACAUUGUCGUCUCUACUAGUGGUAGCUCUUAUGUGAUUAAACUGGCCGAUAACUCGGUCAUGGUUAUGUCGACGAGAGAACUGCAGCCCCUCGCCACUAUCACCGGAUUGCAGCUAUGCCCAGACAUGGGAGGCCGUGCGGAACCCCCAAAGAGCUCUGUUGUGGCGAAGUUGCACCCGCAGCAACCAGAGCGACUAAUUGUGGCUGUACCAGCUUCCCACCAGCUUACUCAAAAUCAACAUGGCUCUCAGCCUGCAAACGCGGCUGUGCUUCAGACAUAUGACAUCCGUGCCAACUCCCACAUCUCCCGUCAAGCUCUUGCACGAACCAAUGCGACCACUUUGAGCGUCAGCCCAGAGGGGUCCCAGAUUGUCGCACCCGAUGUCAAACAUUUGGAUAUUGUGCAUGAUGCAAAAUGGCUGGCUACCGUUGACUCUUGGGUCCCACACGCUAAAGAUGUGGAGGCGCUUGACCGCAGCUCCCCGAAAUCGAUUGCUGCUCUUCGUCCGGAGAUUUUCUUGAAGUUUUGGAAGUGGGAUGCUUCAUCUGAUACAUGGGAACUUGUUACACGUAUUGACAGUCCUCAUUUCGCCGAGAACCACCAAUCGACCGUCCUUGGUUUGGUAUCCCGCCCCAGUGCUCACGAGUUUGCAACCCUAGGAUCGGACUCUGUUCUUCGUUUCUGGUGUCCAACUGCUAAGUAUCGCAGCGGUCUGAAGGCUAAAGAUCAACCGGAGCAGAGUACUUGGAAGUGUCGAGGUCUUGUUGACCUGAAGGGAUGUUUAGACAACGCCCAAGCUUCGCCUCUGGACACAGCUAGCAUGAGCUUCUCCGAGGAUGGCUCAGUCCUGGCUGUCUGCCUGCCAUCGACCUCGGCUGCCAACGAUGGCCUUGUUCUUUUGAUCGACGCACGGAACUGUGCUGUGCACUACCGACGAACAGGUGUUUUUCUGGGCAAUCCUUGCUCGACAAGCUUCCUGGGAAGCCAUUUAUUUGUUGCUUCCACCCAUUCGGUUGCCGUUUGGGAUACCGUUGACGACAUUGUCAAGACCAUCCAGUCCUCAGGCUCUGUUGAUUUGCCGGGCGCGGGCAACUCACAGCUGAUUGCUGUGAAUGCCAGAACCAAGUCAUUGGCAAUUGCCACACGUGGCUCAAAACGUGGCAAGAACCGAUUCCAAAUCAAUAUUUAUGAUGUCCCGUCAUUCGAAGUUGUCUUCCAAGAGACCCUCAAGAUCUCCCCAGUUGCGCUACUCUCGGAUUCUUAUUCAGGUGACUAUAUUGUCAUUGACAGCGCAGUGGGUGUGCAACGACUUGGCUGUAUGGACAAGUCAUCCCAGAAGAGCCAGAACAACCAGUCUCGCGAUGUGACCGGACAAAUUGACAGUGGGCUUGCGAGUCUCUUCACUCGGGGACAAGAGAGGCUUCCUGCUCAGAAUGACGAAGACACCGAUUCGUCUGCUCAAGCCAAGGGAUUGGCCAGUGUCUUCGGUGAUACUCCUGCUUACUCUUUGCCUGCUAUUGGUGUUCUUUUCAGGAAUGUGGUUCAAACUUUGGGCUCUACCUGA